CGGGAAGCUCUAUAAAUAAGGGUGCCAAACCAACGCAAAAUCCAGUGUAACAGCACUCGCACUCAGGUUCAGUUCUUGUUACAACUGCCACCCCUACACAACCAAAAUGGACACAGAUGACGAUCAGAAGAUGGCGAUGCUCCGCAAAGCCUUCCAGAUGUUCGACACCACCAAGUCGGGCUACAUCGACGUAUUGAAGAUCUCCACGAUCCUCAACACCAUGGGACAGCUGUUCGAUGACUCAGAACUCCAGGCCCUAAUCGAUGAAAAUGACCCAGAAAAUUCCGGCAAAAUCAACUUUGACGGAUUCUGCAACAUCGCCUCCCACUUCUUGGAAGAGGAGGACGCUGAGGCAAUGCAACAGGAACUGAAAGAAGCUUUCAGGUUAUACGACCGUGAAGGUAACGGCUACAUCACCACUUCCACCCUCAAAGAGAUCCUGGCCGCGCUGGACGACAAGCUCAGCAACGCCGACCUCGACGGCAUCAUCGCUGAGAUUGACACUGACGGCUCCGGCACCGUCGACUUCGAUGAAUUCAUGGAGAUGAUGACUGGAGACUAAACACAUUGUCGAUACUACAUUAGUAUUAUGAUAGAGAUUAUUUUGUAUUGUAUACCUUUUGAAGGAGUUUUAUGACUUCAGUAUUAGUACAAACAAUUGAAUGCGGUAUUAGCAUGGUUGUAAAAUGAAAUUUUAUUACUAUUGUUAUCUAUCUUAUAGAUAGGGACUUGUUAAAAUAAUCUCGUUAUAAGCCUGAGGAGGCCAGGGUCUUUUUGAGUUCGUUUCAAUGAAUUAUUAGCCAAAUAAUUCACACUUAACGGAUUCUUUUGUACGCAAUUUUAUGCUAAUAUUUAUAACGCAUUGCACUUAAAAAACCAUAAAAGUACUUAUUAAUUUACUAUACUCUACAUUAAAUGCAAUAUUUUAUAA